GGGUCUGGUGUUAUUAAGGCCGGAUUUGCCGGUGAUGAAAUUCCAAAAUGUUUUUUCCCAUCAUACGUUGGAAGACCAAAGCAUGUUCGUAUCAUGGCAGGCGCUGUUGAGGGCGAAGUUUUUAUUGGGCGUAAGGCACAAGAAUUGCGAGGACUUCUUAAAAUAAGAUACCCUAUUGAACAUGGUAUUGUAUCUGAUUGGGAUGAUAUGGAACGUAUCUGGAAAUAUAUUUAUGAAGCAGAAUUAAAAAUUGCAUCAGAAGAAGUAUGUACACAAAUUCCUCGACAUCCAGUACUUUUGACUGAGGCACCACUCAAUCCAAGAAAUAAUAGAGAAUCAGCAGCCGCAAUGUUUUUUGAGACAUUCAAU